CGGAGGAAAUAGACUCGCCUCUUUUUUUCUUGCCCCGUGUCCUGGUGUUGAAAGUGAUUUGGUGUUUUAGCAAUGACAUAAACAAGUGUAAGAGCAGAUGGUGAGGGUGUCUUUUAAAACGACUAGGGUGUCAUUAAUGAUACACUUUUGAACUCGUUCGAAGUGUAGGCAAUAUUACAGCUCUUGUUCUGGGGGAUGGUUUCGAUUUGUUUCUUUCGACAAACGUCGUCCUUGACAGAAAAUGUAGACAUGUCAAAGUUGGAGUUCGGUGAGAAAUAGCGAUGCUAUCAUUAUAGGAAACUGAUAUCACGCAGACAUCCGGAAACGCAUCCACGCGCCACGGUUUUCUAGCAUGAUGUCAACAUGCUUUAACAAUACAAAGGACUCCUUCAAGGACCUCGAUUGAGAUGCCGUAUAUGCGCGCUUGUCAUGGGUGCGUCGACGCGGUUAAUUUGCUCUGCUCCAUACGGUUUUGGACUGCGUUUAUGGAAUGAGACAAUCUGGAAUUAUUAAAUAGCCUGCAUUGAUACAUAUUCCGACAAUAUGGCUGAUCAGAGUAACAUCCAGUCUGCUGCUUCCAAAAGCAUCCGGCCAUUCAAGUCCAGCGAGGAAUACCUGUAUGCCAUGAAAGAGGAUCUGGCCGAGUGGUUUAACACGCUGUAUGACCUGGAUAUAACUGCGGACACCUUUAUGGAAGGGCUGGAGACUGGCUGUGCCCUCUGUCGGCAUGCCAACAACGUGAAUCGCGCAGCGCUGGACUUUCAACUGGAGUACCCAGAGGCUGCACAGUCAUUGAGGAUGCCAACCAAGGAUGUGGUCUUUCAGUCAAGAAACGUGGUUCCUGGCUCGUUUUUGGCUCGGGACAACGUGUCCAAUUUCAUCGGCUGGUGUCGUCAGGAACUGUGGAUCAAGGAUGUUCUCAUGUUCGAGACCAACGACAUAGUGGAGAAAUGCAACGAGAAGAACUUUGUGCUAUGCCUGCUGGAGGUGGCGAGGCGUGGUGCUAAGUUCGGCAUGCUGGCCCCGAUGCUGAUCCAGCUGGAGGAGGAGAUCGAUGAGGAGAUCCGGGACCAGGAGAACCUGGGGGAGCCCAACCCAAGCCUGCUUCCAAUAAGCAGGGCUUUCGUUAGGAAAGAGAGUGUGGUGGAUGAACCCGAGCCUGCCCCCUAUGAACAUUGGCAACAGAAACAGAGGGUGCUGUGUGACAUGAGAAACUUAGAUGAGUUGAACUGACCUUGUCUGGAUCAUAGUGGCAUUGAGGCAGGCCAGUCAAUGCUGGCCCAUAUCCGGACUAAAUGGACCACUAAAUGAACUGAAAUCCUACUUUUGUACAACUGGAGGGGUUUUGAUCUAAUAACAGUCAACAAAGCCAGCCACUGAAUAUCCACUAACCCUCAAGGCAUCAUGGGUCAUCCACAACCUUAGUCACCGGUAUUCUCUGCAUUGCACUUGCCUCGGCCUUCCCAUACUCUUGUAUUUCCAAUAUAGAUGCUUCCCAGGAGAUUGGUCUCUGUGUAAUUACUGGAAACGUCAUGAGAGCUAGAUGGGGAGGGAGAGAAAGUAAGUUGAAGGGCUUAGUGAUAUUAUCAUUGGUCCACAGCUGUGUCACCUGCCGUGUUUCCAGUGUGCAGAGCAGUCAGUCAUGCAGCCACGGCUGUUUUCCUGCAUUGUGCUGGCCUUGUGGUGUGUCAGGAGGUUGGCCCUCUUGCUUUCUUUUUCAUGUCUCUCUCUCUCUCGUAAGUCUUUUACUUUGAAUAAAGGGAAUUUUCAUUUAAAGCUCUAA